GGCCCUGUAAGCCCAUAUCUCAGGCCUUGGUCCCACACCUGCCCAUAUCUUGAGCCUGGGACAUACACCCUGGGGUGCUGUUAGGCCCUUCUAUGCCUUGGUCCCACACCCAGCUGCUGUCGGCCUGAAUCAGGGCUGGCCCCGAGCCCAGAGGGGCUGCUCUCACUUAGUCCCUGGGCCCCCUCUGGGCUCAUCCCUAGGGCCCCGGUCGCACACCCAGGAGCCCCGCUGCUGGCCCGUGUCCGCGGGCAGCUCCUGCCCCCUCCCCCCCCUGCCGCAGCUCGCCUUCUUCCUGCGGGCCAGGCCCCCGCCUCCGCCGCCAUGUUGUCGGGCUGAAGCCGCCGCAGGAGGCAGAGGGAGCGAGCGAGCGAGCGCCGAGCAGAGCAACAGCACAAUUUGUUUUGGAAGCCAAGAAUCCUGAUACAGGUUGAACCUCCAUAGUCUGGCACCCUGAGGACCUGAGUAGUGCUGAACCAGAGAAUUUGCUGAUCCACAGGAGGUCAAUAUUGUCUAGCAGAAUUACCAACACUUCCACUGCUUACUGGGAUCUUAGAAGACAUUUACAGAUGGCUGAAAGCUAGCAAGGCGUAUUCGGGACCAUGAUGGCUCAGUUUCCCGCAGCCAUGAAUGGAGGACCAAACAUGUGGGCUAUCACUUCUGAAGAGCGAGCAAAGCAUGACAAGCAGUUUGAUAGCCUUAAACCCAUAGGAGGAUAUAUUACAGGUGAUCAGGCACGUACCUUUUUCUUGCAGUCAGGUCUACCGUCAUCAGUUUUAGCUGAAAUAUGUAUGAAACUCAUCAAAUUAAAAUUACAAGGUCUACAGUUGCCUAUGGUCCUCCCACCUAUCAUGAAGCAACCUCCAGUGUUCUCUCCAUUAAUUUCUGCUCGCUUUGGAAUGGGUAGUAUGCCAAAUCUGUCCAUCCCACCAUCUGUACCUACAAUAGCACCUUUAGCUCCCAUGUCAUCAUUGACCUCAGUGACUUCGAUUCCUCCCUUGGUUAUCUCUGCUCCCCUGAUUCCUUCUGUCAGUACAUCAUCGUUGCCAAAUGGAACAUCCAGUCUCCUUCAGCCUUUACCUAUGUCCUUCUCUUCAACAUUGCCUCAUACUGGUUCUUUCAGUCCCAUGGCAGGAGGGUUCGGUGGUACUAAUAUGCAAAAGGCACAGUCUCUGAUCGAUUUAGGAUCUAGUAGUUCAAAUUCUUCCUCCACCACUUCACUAACUGGGAGUUCACCUAAGAUUGGAUCCUCAGACUGGGCAGUUCCUCAGGCUUCCAGAUUAAAAUACAGGCAGAAAUUUAACAGUCUUGAUAAAGGCAUGAGUGGAUAUCUAUCAGGAUUUCAAGCACGGAAUGCCCUUCUGCAGUCAAAUCUUUCUCAGACUCAGCUGGCUACCAUUUGGUCACUAGCUGACAUUGACAGAGAUGGACAGCUGAAAGCUGAUGAGUUUGUGUUAGCCAUGCAUCUAACUGAUAUGGCCAAAGCUGGACAGCCUCUGCCAUUGACCCUGCCUCCUGAAUUAGUACCUCCUUCUUUCAGAGCUGGAAAAUAUGCCGAAAAUGUUAACGGAACUCUGCCAUCUUACCAGCAAAUGCAAGAAGAGGAGCCCCAGAAAAAACAGCCAGUAACAUUUGAGGACAAGAGGAAAGCAAACUAUGAGAAAGGAAACAUGGAACUGGAGAAACGGCGUCAAGUCCUACUGGAGCAGCAGCAGAGAGAGGCGGAACGUAAGGCUCAGAAAGAAAGAGAAGAACAGGAGCGAAGAGAGAGGGAGCUGCAGGAGCAAGAGCGGAAAAAGCAGCUUGAACUGGAAAGGCAAUUGGAGAAACAACGAGAGCUGGAAAGAUAUAGGGAAGAAGAGAAGAGAAAAGAAAUAGAAAGACGGGAGGCAGCAAAGCAGGAACUUGAGCGCCAGCGACGGCUGGAAUGGGAGAGAAUUCGACGCCAAGAUCUUCUUAAUCAGAGAAACAGGGAACAAGAAGAAAUUGUCAAGUUGACCUCUAAAAAGAAGAGCCUUAGUCUUGAAUUGGAAGCCCUGAGUGGCAAACAUCAGCAGAUCACAGGCAGACUGAAAGAUGUUCGAAACAGAAAACAAAUUCAGAAAAGUGAGCUGGAAGUUCUAGAUAAAAAAUGUGAUUUGGGAAUUAUAGAAAUCAAAGAGCUACAACAGGAACUUCAAGAAUAUCAGAGUAAACUAGUCCAUUUAGUUCCUGAAAAGCAGUUAUUAAAUGAGAGAAUAAAACACAUGCAGAUGGACAACACUCCUAAUACAGGAAUCAGUUCAGUGAACAAGAAGUUCUUAGAAAAGGAAGAAUUAUGCCAAAGACUUCGGGAGCAAUUAAAUGCUCUAGAAAAGGAAACUUCUUCUAGACUCUCUGAAAUGGAUGAAUUUAACAAUCAGCUCAAGUGUGAGAAUAUGGAUGAUUCUGUUCUUCAGUGCCUUUUGUCUCUGCUAAGCUGUCUCAACAACCUCUUCCUCUUACUUAAGGAACUGAGAGAAAGCUACAGCACACAGCAUUUAGCCCUUGAGCAACUUCACAGAAUCAAAGAAGAGAAAAUAAGAGCUAUAGAAAGAAAAAGAGCUGAACUUGCACAGAAAAAGCGGCUGGAGGAUGAGGCUGCAAGGAAAGCAAAACUGGAGAAGGAGAAUCUAUGGCAGGAAAAUGUCCGAAGGGAAGAAGAGGAGAAAAAAAAGCGAUUACAGGAAGAGCGAAUUCAGGAAAAAAUUCAGGAAGAAAAGCAAAAAGCUGAGGAGGCAGCUGCCCAGGUGAGACAGGAGUCCCAGCAGCAAAAACUGUCUGAGGAAAAACAUGAGGAAGAGAGGAACAAGUUAGCAGAGAUUCAGAGAGAAGCAGAACAAAAAAGGCAGAGACAACUGGAAGAAGACAUAAGGAAGCGAGAACAGAUUGCAAAAGAAGCCGAGGAGAGGCGUAAACAACAUGAAGAAGAGAAGAAAAGAAAAGAUGCAGUCAACUUGCAAGAGUCAGAGAAACACAUUUCAAAAUUGAACUUAAAUGAGAAAUUUGCAGACUUAUUGAAACAGACUGAGGGUAGAAAUCUUAAACCAACAUGGAAAAGUGAAGGUAACAUAGUCAGUGCCUCAGAAUCUAGGAAUUCAGUUGCCUUGGUGAAUUACAGAGCUUUAUACUCAUUUGAAGCAAGGAAUCAUGACGAGAUGAGUUUUAAUUGUGGGGAUGUAAUUCAGGUUGAUGAGAAAACCAUAGGAGAGCCUGGUUGGCUAUAUGGGAGCUUUCAAGGUCAUUUUGGCUGGUUUCCAAACAACUAUGUAGAGAAAAUACCAGAAAGUGAAAAAGCUUUAUCUCCUAAAAAGGCCUUACUUCCUCCUACAGUAUUUUUGUCUACUACCUCAGCUUCUCCAGAACCACUUUCACCAAGUAAAUCAGCAGAAGACACGGAUUACCAUAACAUACCUUUCUCAAGCCUAAAUGUCAACACAACAUGGCAGAAAAAAUCCGCUUUUACUCGUACUGUGUCCCCAGGAUCUGUUUCUCCUGUUCAUGGACAGGGACAAGCUGUGGAGAAUUUAAAAGCACAGGCACUUUGCUCCUGGACUGCAAAAAAAGAUAACCACUUGAACUUUUCAAAAAAUGAUAUAAUUACUAUCCUGGAGCAGCAGGAAAACUGGUGGUUUGGAGAGGUGCAUGGAGGAAGAGGAUGGUUUCCUAAAUCCUAUGUCAAGAUCUUGCCGGGAAAUGAAAACAAACGAGAGGAAUCUGAAACCAUUUAUGCAGCUGUAAACAAGAAGCCUAGUACAUCAUCUUAUACAAUUGGAGAGGAGUAUGUAGCACUGUAUUCCUAUGCAAGCUCUGAACCUGGUGAUUUGACUUUCACUGAAGGAGAAGAAAUACUGGUCACUCAGAAAGAUGGAGAAUGGUGGACAGGAAGCAUUGCUGACAGAACUGGAAUCUUUCCAUCCAACUAUGUCAAACCUAAGGAUCAAGAUGUUUCUGGUACUGCUGGCAGAACUGGAACACAAAAUAAGAAACCUGAGAUUGCCCAGGUGACUACAGCUUAUGUUGCAUCAGGGACAGAACAGCUAAGUCUAGCUCCAGGACAGCUGAUACUUAUUCUGAAGAAAAAUGCUAGUGGAUGGUGGCAAGGAGAGUUACAGGCAAGAGGGAAAAAGCGGCAGAAAGGCUGGUUUCCUGCAAACCAUGUUAAGUUGUUGGGUCCAAGCAGUGAAAGAACUACUCCUGCUGCUCUCUCAACAUGUCAAGUGAUAGCAAUGUAUGAUUAUGUGGCAAACAAUGAAGAUGAACUCAGUUUCUCCAAAGGGCAGCUCAUUAAUGUACUGAGCAAAGAUGAUGCAGACUGGUGGCAAGGGGAAAUCAGUGGAGUGACUGGUCUCUUUCCUUCGAACUAUGUGAAGAUGACCACAGACUCUGAUCCAAGUCAACAGUGGUGUGCUGAUCUCCACACUCUUGAUACAAUGCAACCAAUGGAAAGGAAAAGACAGGGCUACAUUCAUGAGUUGAUCCAGACUGAAGAGAGAUACAUGGAUGAUCUCCAGCUUGUCUUAGAGGUUUUCCAGAAACGAAUGGCUGAAUCAGGCUGCCUCACAGAAGGAGAAAUGGGACUGAUCUUUGUUAACUGGAAGGAGCUCAUAAUGUCUAAUACAAAGUUACUUAAAGCCUUGCGAGUGCGGAAGAAGAUGGGAGGAGAAAAAAUGCCCGUGCAGAUGAUUGGGGACAUCCUGGCUGCAGAGCUCUUGCACAUGCAAGCCUACAUCAGAUUCUGCAGUUGCCAGCUCAAUGGAGCUUCCUUGCUGCAACAAAAAACAGAUGAGGAAACAGAAUUCAAAGACUUCUUAAAGGUAUUCUGUUCAUUCGCUUCCAUUUCACAUCCCUAUGGCCUUUCUUCUGAUGGCAGGGCACGUUCAGAAGCCUGUUCAACCAAAGGCUACCCUCUGCUCAUGAAGAGUAUUCUGGAGAAUACACCAGAAGACCACCCGGACCACAGUAAUCUCAAGCUUGCCUUGGAACGCGCAGAGGAGCUGUGUUCUCAAGUUAAUGAAGGAGUGCGUGAGAAAGAGAACUCAGACAGGCUGGAGUGGAUACAGUCACAUGUCCAAUGUGAAGGACUUGCUGAGCAACCAGUUUUCAACUCCAUUACAAACUGCCUGGGUCCCCGAAAGCUCCUGCACAGUGGAAAGCUCUACAAAAUGAAGAGCAAUAAGGAACUCUAUGGCUUCCUCUUCAAUGACUUCCUGCUCCUUACCUACAUGGUCAAGCAGUUUGUUUCUUCAGGGUCAGAUAAACUGUUCAGCCCCAAGUCCAACACGCAGUACAAAAUGUAUAAAAUGCCUGUUUUCCUUAAUGAAGUCUUAGUGAAAUUGCCAACCGACCCUUCCAGUGAUGAGCCAGUUUUCCAUAUCUCCCACAUCGACAGAGUCUACACAUUAAAAACAGACAAUAUUAAUGAGAGGACGGCCUGGGUCCAAAAGAUCAAAGGAGCAUCAGAGCAGUAUAUCGAAACCGAGAAGAAGAAACGGGAAAAAGCUUAUCAAGCACGCUCACAGAAGAGCUCAGGAAUAGGACGCUUGAUGGUACAUGUGAUUGAAGCCACAGAGCUGAAAGCUUGUAGACCUAAUGGGAAAAGCAAUCCGUAUUGUGAAAUCAGCAUGGGGUCACAGAGCUAUACAACCAGGACACUGCAGGACACUUUGAACCCGAAGUGGAACUUCAACUGUCAGUUCUUCAUUAAGGACCUUUAUCAGGAUGUGCUGUGUAUCACCAUGUUUGACCGGGAUCAGUUCUCACCUGAUGAUUUCUUGGGUCGCACUGAAGUUCCAGUAGCAAAAAUCAGAACAGAGCAGGAGAGUAAGGGACCAACAACUAAACGUUUACUGCUGCAUGAAGUUCCAACUGGUGAGAUUUGGGUCCGCUUUGAUCUGCAGCUCUUUGACCAGAAAACACUCCUCUAAGAAAACAUUUUUAUUUUACAAAGGACAGACAAAGCUGACAGCUUGGCCACCUUCACCAGAGCUGAAAGCAUUUUAUAGACUACAUCGUUCCACACCACUUACUGAGCAAGAAUUCUUAUUGCAUGGUCACUCCUAAUUGUACGUUACAUAUGAUUUCUUUGCUGCAUCCUAAGUUGCUGGUGAUCUAUGCAAAUGCAAAAUUUACUGUAUGUAAUAUACUGUAGUUCAGUGCCUUUUUAUUGAUUAAUAUUAAAUUGUUGAGUUCAGAUGCCAAUGUUUCCGUUUUCAGGGCCAUUAAAAGUAUUAUAUAUUUUGGCAUCAAAAUGUAUGUAUGUAUAAUGUUACCACUUAGUCUAAUCUAUAUAUUGAAGAAUGGUUUAGUUCAAUGCUAAAAUCAUUCCAUAUGAAAAGUGAUAUACACUGGAAUAGUCCCUUCUCAGGGUGUUAAUUAUAGGAAGUAAAUGCUGAAGCUUUUGCACUUGAGGAGGCUCUAAAAUGCUGUAUGUUCCCUUUUUAAAAAUAUAAUCAAGUGUGGUUCUUUACUUGACACAGUUCUGCACUGAAUAAGAAAUUGCAACUUGAUUUUUGUUUCUGGUUUGGUUGUAUUAAUCAUUUCUGGCAGAGACAAUGUGGUUAAAAAGAGUAUCAAAAUGAUUUAUUUUCAAUACUGUGAUCUACAAUAGCAUGGAAGAAUAUUUUUUAACUUUUAAUUUUCCUAAAUUAUUUGUGUAAAAUUACUUGGUUUUGCAGAUCUCCGUGGGAUGUGCAUCUUUAUGCUUUGUCAUUGCCAACAUGUAUAUACAGAGUGAAAAAUAUAAGUUUAUUAAUGUAAUUUGUCUACAUAUAUUUAGAGAUGCAUAUUGAUUUUUUUAAAUAUAUUUUAUUGUACAGGUGAAUGGGAAAUAAUGGGAAGUAACUUACAAGGACUAAAUUUAAGGAAAGGCUAUUAAAAUUUAAAUUUUGUGUGAUAUGGGAACUGCUCAUCCAGUGGGGUUUGGUAGAACUGAAAUUUGUUGAAAGCAAAAUAUUCUUCCUCAUAUGAAAACCAGGAAUGGUAAAAGCACGUUUGUCUUUCAGUGUUUGACAAAUAGUAAACAUGUUAUUGCAUCCUUAAUUUGCCUUGUGGACAUUUAAGCAUUGCAUUCAGUUCCAGACAAUGAGUGAAUUUGUAUCCCACAGGUGCUACAAUACCUAAUAAUGCCUAACAAAGUUUCAAACUGAUGACCAGCCUGAAUGCCCUUUCUUUAAUGGGCUUAACGCAGAUCCUCUGUUACUUUUAACAGUUUUCUGUGGUUCAAUAUUUCUAGUCUGAAAUAAAAAAAUAAUCUUG